AUGUUGAACAGAGUUUCAAGGCGUUGCUUUUGCACUGCUGCUGCUGCUCCCACAACACUAUUGCCAUGGCUCUUUGUUGGGUUGGGAAAUCCCGGCGAGAAAUUCAAAGGAACUCGACACAAUGUGGGUUUUGAGAUGAUUGAUGCAUUUGCUGAGUCACUAGGGAUUUCUAUGAAUAAACCGCUUUGUAAAGCUCUUUUUGGAGAAGGUUUUGUUGGUGAAGCACCUGUUCUUCUUGCGAAGCCUCAAACUUACAUGAAUCUGAGUGGUGAAUCAGCGGGACCCCUUGCUGCUUACUAUAAGUUACCUCUUAAUCGUGUAAUUGUGUUUCAUGAUGACUUGGAGUUGCCAUGUGGGGUGCUUCGACUUCAAGAGAAAGGAGGUCAUGGAUGCCACAAAGGUUUGAAGAGCGUGAUCAAUCAUUUCCGAGGGAACAGAGAAUUUGCUCGGCUAAGAAUUGGAAUUGGGAGGCCUCCUGGUCAAAUGGAUCCCAAAGCUUACCUGCUGCAGAAGUUCAAUGCAACAGCUCGAGAACGAAUUGAUGCUGCAUUACCAGAGGGGGUUGUUGCAUUAAGGUGCAUCUUAUUUGAAGGCUUGACCGGAACUGCAAGAUGGUUCAACCAAGAACAGAAAUACAAGUAUUUAAGAUCAGAAACUGUCUUGACAUAA